AUGCAGGCGGCAGACGCGGACGCAGGCACAGGCAGGAUGGCAGGCGGCGCUGAAAGCCUGGGCAGCCAGGGGGGCAGGGCCGGCCCUUGCAACGGGGGUGCUGCUGCCGCUGCAGACAACGGAGCUCUGUGUGUCGCGCCGGCACAGAACUCUCCGGGACCGGGUGGACACCCUGCACCCACGGAGCGGCCACGCGUAUUCGCCCUAAGUGUGCCUUUCCCGUCCACCUUGGAGGCGGAGAUCGCCCGUGGCUCCCUGGCCCCAGAUACCGAACUGCACCAUGGGACUGUUGGGAAGGAGCUCACAGUAAGCGGCAGCGUCCUGUCGGUCCACUGGAGAGCUGAAGAUUCCCACAUCCUCCAAACUUCCAUCGUCACCUUUCUUGACCAGCUUUCUCUGGUGAUACGGACCAUGCAGCGCUUUGGGCCCCCUGUUGCACGCUAAGCCAGGGCUAGAGAAAGGGAUUAAGGUCUAAACUUGUGCUCCUUUCUAGACAGUGCAUCCCUCCUAGGGCAGAGAUUCCUGUAGUAGUUGCCACUUUAUUAUGGGGUCCUCAUCUUUGCCUCUACUGGCCCUUGGGUGCUGAGGGUUCACUAGUCUUGUUGGGUGCUUAAAUGUUUCUUAACUACUGAAAAUAAAACUGAGCUACAAAAAAAAAAAGUCUACAAAUAAUAAAUGCUGGAGAGGGUGUGGAGAAAAGGGAACCCUCUUGCACUGUUGGUGGGAAUGUAAAUUGAUACA